CUACGACUGAAGGAGAGACAUCUUAAGCUGGAAAUCCUCCUUGCUUUAUUUCACCUCCCACAGAUGCAGACUACAUAGCAGAUGCUGCAGCAGGUUCUUUUUUUUUUUCUUCUUGAAGAUCAGUCCCUAUUUGUAGAUGCAGUGACAAGAUAAUGAAGUGGAAGGUCUUUAUUACCAAGAAUGAAAAUUACAGGUCUCAGCCAUUGAGUGGGAAGAACAGUUAAGUUGCUUCAGAUGUCAGAGAAGACCAGCAUUUGUGGUUUUAUCUCAUUUGCUCUAUGUGAGGCACAAUGGCAAAGACAGAAGACAGUUAAUAUAGUUCAGAUAAUAGAUGUUCUAUUCACUGCAUUGUAGGUGUCUGUAGACUUUGGGUUUUCUUGUAUAUUGGACUCAUUCUUGAUUGAGAGGAGAAGCUGGUGUAGCGAGAGAGAGAGCGAGAGAGAGAGAGAGACAUCUCAGGAAGGCAGGAGGAGAAGAUGCCAUCCAUUCUGGUGGCCUCCAAAAUGAAAUCGGGGCUACCGAAACCGGUUCACAGUGCGGCACCUAUAGUUCAUGUCCCUACACGGACGAUUCCCCAGCCUUGUUAUCUGAAGUUUGGAAAUAAGGUAGAAGUGUCCAAGCUUUCCUACCCAAGCCAUAUCGCUCUGAAACCUCAGCUUGAUUUUGAACCUCCAGAGGAUGGGCAUCCCAUUAAGAAGACAGAUUCUACAGAAGACGUAUUUGACACCCAGAUCUACACAGACUGGGCAAACCACUACCUUGCAAAAUCUGGCCAUAAACGACUCAUAAAGGAUCUUCAACAAGAUGUUACAGAUGGGGUUUUGCUGGCUGAAAUUAUCCAGGUUGUGGCAAAUGAGAAGAUUGAAGAUAUCAAUGGAUGUCCAAAGAACAGAUCCCAAAUGAUUGAGAAUAUAGAUGCCUGCUUGAGUUUCCUGGCAGCGAAAGGAAUUAACAUUCAAGGCCUAUCAGCAGAGGAAAUCAGGAAUGGGAAUCUAAAGGCCAUUCUAGGCCUCUUCUUCAGUCUAUCACGUUACAAGCAGCAGCAGCAGUCACAGAAGCAGCCGCAGCAAUAUCACCAGCCGGCUCCAGCUCCUCAGCAAGCAGGGCCACAAACCCAGUGCCAGCAACUCUACCACCCUACGACCGCCCCCCAUGCACAGUCUUUUCCAACCACCCCUAUACAGUGCCAACAACCACAGCAACCUCCCCACACACAAACAAAAGCACAAGCAGAAAUGCACUCCAGCUCUUCCUCCAAAGGUUCCUCUGAGAUCAAAAUCCUCAGGUUCUCACUUGGUCAGAAAAAGAGCUCUCGGCUGCCAGGCCCAAGUACGAGGGCAUCGGCUGCCAGCAAUGAAGGAAAACCGCGUGGGCAGGUUGGUGGGAACAGGCGAAGUCAGAGCUUUAACAACUAUGACAAGGCAAAACCGGUGAAUCCCCCAGCACCUGUGGCUGAAAAAGGACCAGCAGAGAGCAUUGUCCCCCAACAAACAGUAAUGAAUGAGAAUGGCUUCUCUUCACUUAGCAGUAGCAGCAGCACUGUUAGCUGUGGUAACUCAUCUGCGAUACCCCAACCUAACUCGGCAAAUAAACCAUGGCGCAGCAAGUCUCUUAGUGCUAAGCACACAGCAACGUCUUCCGUAUUAUCUGUCAAACAGACACCAGUACCAGACUGUCCAAAACAACCAUCAGAACCUCCUAAGCCUGCUCCAAACAGUCAAAAGUCCAUGCUGGAAAAAUUAAAACUUUUUAAUAGUAAAGGUACCUCCAAAGCUGCAGGAUCAACUCUGGAAGGUUGCCGGGAUACAAGCUGUGAAAGACUAGAGGUUCUUCCCACCUUUGAGGAAGCAGAGGAAUUGGAAGCAAUAGUACGCAAUGCCAACAAUACAAAUGCAAGUCCAGCUGCAAAUAGCCCUAAAAUAGCAUUGAAGGGAAUUGCCCAAAGGACACUGGGAAGGGCGCUGACAAACAAAAAGAGUUCUCCAAAAGGAAAUGAGAAAGAGAAGGAAAAAGUGAAAGAGAAAAGUAAAGAUGCUUCCAAACGAACAUCAAUUGCCGAAAGGUCUGAGAUCAAGGAAGAACCAAAAGAAGAACAAGUUGCACCUACCACCGAGAUGCCAAAAAAGUCCUCUAAGAUUGCUAGCUUUAUCCCCAAAGGGGGCAAGCUGAGCAAUGCUAAGAAAGAGGCUUCUGCUCCUCCUCACAGUGGAAUACCAAAACCAGGGAUUAAAACUACCCCAGGGAAAUCCUCAAGUGCCACAACGGCUGCAAAAGAAGGGGAGAAAAACCGUAGCGGGAAGUCUGGCUCCGGUCUCUCUCUUCAAAAAACUCAGCUUGACAAUAGAAAUUCCAGUUCUUCUUCCAGUUUAGCCUCUUCCGAAGGAAAAGGAGUGAACUAUACAUCUAUGGGUGGCAUUACACCACCUGUCAAUGGGACGAAUGGCUGUGUGCAGACCACAGGAAGUAAUACAGUCAGUGUUCAGCUACCUCAGCCACAGCAGCAAUAUAGCCAUCCUAACACUGCCACUGUUGCUCCAUUCAUGUACAGGUCACAGUCAGAUUCGGAGGGAAAUGUGUGUGAGGCCAAUCUGGGAGGAGUAAAUAUGGAACCCACUUUAUACAACAAAACAGGCCAGAACUGUCUAGAGGAUCGUCUGGUAAGUGAAGAUCCUGAAACACGAAGAUUGAGAACAGUGAAAAACAUUGCAGAUCUGCGGCAGAAUUUGGAAGAAACCAUGUCAAGCCUUAGAGGGACCCAGGUCACUCACAGCACAUUGGAAACUACAUUCGACAGUAAUGUUACUACAGAAAUAAGUGGACGCAGUAUUCUCGGUUUGGCAGCUAGGCCCACCCCCUUAUCUUGGAGACUUGGACAGUCCAGCCCUCGUCUGCAGGCAGGCGAUGCACCGUCCAUCAGCAAUGGGUACCCACCAAGAGCCAAUGCUAGUCGCUUCAUAAACUGUGAGCCUGGACGUUACAUGUACCCUGCACCUCUUAGGCGGCAGCUGGCAUCAAGGGGCGGUAACAUGGGCCAUGCAGACGUCUCAGACAAGGGGGGUGAUGAGAUGGAUAUUGAAGGUAUUGGGGUUGAUGCCACUGGAUACAUGAGUGAUGGAGAUGUCCUGAGCAAGAAUAUAAGAAGUGAUGAUAUCACCAGUGGUUAUAUGACAGAUGGAGGUUUGAGCCUUUACACGCGAAGACUAAAUAGACUACCGGACGGAAUGGCCUCAGUGCGGGAAACUCUGCAACGCAACACUUCUGUGGGUCAAGGGGAUGCUGACAGCUGGGACGACAGCAGCUCGGUGAGCAGUGGAAUUAGUGACACUAUAGACAAUCUUAGCACUGAUGAUAUUAACACCAGCUCUUCUAUAAGCUCGUACGCCAACACUCCUGCGUCCUCUCGGAAAAACCUGGAUGCGCAGACUGAUGCUGAGAAGCAUUUACAAGGAGAUCGUAAUUGUCUGUGGCCAGAUGAUGAAGUAAAGAGGUCAGAUGGCGGAUCAGACAGUGGUGUAAAGAUGGAGCCUGGGAAUAAAUGGAGGAAAAAUCCUUCUGACAUGUCAGAUGAAUCUGAUAAGAGCACAUCUGGGAGGAAGAACACAGUCAUCUCACAGACUGGUUCAUGGAGACGUGGGAUGACCGCUCAGGUUGGGAUAACCACGCCAAGAACAAAGUCCUCAGCAACUGUUACAAGUGCUAUAAAAACACCCGGAACAGUUACAGGGAAGACUGAUGAUGCAAAGGUUUCUGAAAAAGGAAGAAUUUCCCCAAAAGCCAUGCAUGUUAAACGUUCUCCAUCUGAUGCGGGACGGAGCAGUGGGGACGAAUCCAAGAAGCCCCCUACAAAUACCUCUAGGACAAUCACUGCAAACACAAAUACAUUUGGAUUCAAGAAGCAGGGUGGGACAGUAGUUGGUGUCCCUAUAAUUACUGCAAGUGGUGCCAUGAUCACCAGCGGUUCAGCAACCCUGGGGAAAAUGCCAAAGUCUUCUGCAUUGAUAGGAAGGUCCACUAACCGCAAGGCCAGCAUUGAUGGGCCCCAGAAUCAUGAUGAUGGCUACCUUCAACUUAGUGCCAGGACUAAUCUUCAGUACCGCAGCUUGCCCAGGCCAAGCAAAUCACGUAGUGGAACUGGAAAUAGGUCAAGUACCAGCAGCAUUGACUCUAACAUUAGUAGCAAAUCAGCCGGGCUGCCGAUCCCCAAACUAAGAGAGCCCAACAAGGGACUAGCUGGCAACUCCAUAACCGGACUGUGCAACCAAACUGACAAGGAGAAAGGAAUUUCAUCUGACAAUGAGAGUGUCACCUCUUGUAAUUCCGUUAAAUUGAACCCAGCAGCACAAGGUGCUUCUAAUGGUACCCGCCAACAAGCGAACAAAUAUCCAGAUGUAUCCUCGCCAACACUGCGCAGACUUUUUGGUGGAAAGCAGAACAAGCAAGUUCCAAUCACAACAGCUGAUAAUAUGAAGAACUCUAUGGUGAUCUCUAACCCUCAUGCCACAAUGAACGCACAGACUAAUCUUGACUCCCCCUCAGGGAGUGGCAUGUUGAGUAGUGGAGGCAGUAGUCCUCUGUAUGGGAAAAGUCUUGACCUAAACCAUUCUCCUCUGGCUUCCAGUCCAGGAUCUGCCCACUCAGCACCUUCCAACAGUUUAACGUGGGGAACAAACCCAAGCAACUCCUCAGCUGUUAGUAAGGACGGUUAUGGCUUUCAGUCAGUCAGCAGCCUGCACACUAGUUGUGAAUCUAUCGAUAUCUCACUCAGCAGUGGGGGAGGGAUGAGUAAUAAUUCUCCUGGUGCUAUGACUACCUCCUCAAGGGAAGAUGCCUCGAUUCCCUUCAUAAGAACCAACAGUGUUAAGACUGCAAUGUCAGAAAGCCCUCUGUCAUCUCCUGGUGCUAGUCCCAAAUUCAGCAGAAAUACUUUGCCCAGGAAACAGGACAGUGACCCCCACCUUGAUAGGAACACAUUACCUAAGAAAGGAUUCAGGUGUGCUCCGUCAUCUCAGAUGCGCAACCAAGAAGAUUCCAAAGAAUGGCUUAGAUCAAAUUCUGCCGGUGGCCUCCAGGACACUGCUAGUAACUCCCCCUUCUCAUCUGGAUCCAGUAUAACGUCACCUUCUGGGACUCGAUUCAACUUCUCACAACUAGCAAGUCCUACUACAUCAUCACAAAUGAGUUUGUCCAACCCUACCAUACUGCGUACCAGCAGUCUGUCUAACACUGACGGAUCCUAUGACCCUUACUGUGAGGCCCGUUUCCGGAACAGCUCCAUGUCACUGGAUGAAAAGUCUCGUACCAUGAGUCGCUCAGGAUCGUUCCGUGAUGGCUUUGAGGAAGUUCAUGGAUCCUCUUUGUCUUUGGUUUCCAGCACCUCAUCAGUGUAUUCAACACCCGAAGAAAAGUGCCACUCUGAGAUUCGCAAAUUAAGAAGAGAAUUAGAUGCCUCUCAAGAGAAGGUUUCUGCCCUUACUACUCAGCUUAGUGCCAAUGCUCAUCUUGUUGCCGCUUUUGAACAAAGCCUAAGUAAUAUGACCAUAAGACUGCAGAGUCUGACAAUGUCUGCUGAGCAGAAGGAUUCAGAGCUGAACGAAUUACGGAAAACCAUAGAGCUCCUGAAAAAGCACAACGCUGCUGCCCAGGCUGCCAUAAACGGUGUAAUUAACACACCAGAGCUCAGCUGUAAAGGAAAUGGGACAUCCCAGCCCCCUGACUUACGGAUCCGAAGACAGCAUUCAUCAGAUAGCGUAUCCAGUAUUAACAGUGCAACAAGCCAUUCCAGUGUCGGCAGCAACGUUGACAGUGAUUCAAAAAAGAAGAAAAGAAAAAACUGGCUGAGGAGCUCCUUCAAACAAGCAUUUGGCAAAAAGAAGUCUCCAAAAUCAGCUUCUUCCCAUUCUGAUAUUGAGGAGAUGACCGACUCCUCCCUCCCUUCCUCACCAAAGUUACCGCACAACGGAUCUGCACUUUCCACUCCUCUGAUGAGGGGCUCACUCUCCAGCUCUCUAAUUUCUGAUUGUACAGAGAAUGAGGCUGACAGUGUUUUACAAUUGCGCAAUGAGCUCAGGGACAAGGAAAUGAAGUUGACUGAUAUACGCCUGGAAGCCCUCAGUUCUGCUCAUCAGCUGGACACGCUUAGAGAGGCAAUGAACCGAAUGCAGAGCGAGAUUGAGAAGCUGAAAGCUGAAAAUGAUCGGUUGAAGUCAGAAAACCACGGAAAGUGUAGUAGGACUCAGUCCCAAAUCUCUAUUUCUUCCUCACCCAGACAAUCUAUGGGACUUUCACAUCACAGCUUGAGCCUGACUGAGUCUUCGAGCCUUGACAUGUUGCUGGAUGACGCGGGUGAUGGAACCAUGAGGAAGGAGGGCCGGCACGUCAAGAUAGUUGUUAGCUUCCUGGAGGAAAUGAAAUGGAGAGAGGAUUGCAGACCUCGCUUGUUCCUGAUUGGAUGCAUUGGUGUUGGUGGCAAAACUAAAUGGGACGUUCUGGACGGAGUUGUUAAAAGGUUAUUUAAGGAAUACAUCACUCAUCUUGAUCCCGUAUCUCAGCUGGGCUUGAACUCAGACAGCGUUGUUGGUUAUAGUAUUGGUGACAUCAAACGCACAAGCAAUGCAGAGACACCAGAAUUGCUGCCUUGUGGGUAUCUUGUGGGUGAGAAUGAUACCAUCUCGGUAUCAGUCAAAGGGCUCUCCGAGAACAGUUUGGAUUGCCUGGUUUUUGAGACUCUUAUUCCAAAGCCUAUAUUACAGCGGUACGUCUCCCUUCUCAUGGAACACAGGAGAAUUAUCUUGUCAGGGCCUAGUGGAACUGGUAAAACCUACCUGGCGAAUCGCCUUUCUGAGUACAUGGUGCUGCGUGAGGGAAGAGAACUUUCAGAUGGAUCUGUUGCCACCUUCAACGUAGAUCAUAAAUCCAGCAAGGAACUUCGGCAGUACCUUUCCAACCUGGCUGAUCAGUGCAACAGUAAGAAUAAUGCCAUAGACAUGCCACUUGUCAUUAUUUUAGACAACUUGCACCAUGUUAGCUCCCUGGGAGAGAUAUUCAAUGGACUUUUGAACUGCAAAUAUCACAAAUGUCCAUACAUCAUUGGGACAAUGAACCAGGCCACUUCGUCUACGCCAAACCUCCAACUCCAUCACAAUUUCAGGUGGGUGCUAUGCGCAAAUCAUACUGAGCCAGUCAAGGGAUUUCUCGGGCGCUACCUCAGAAGAAAACUCAUUGAGACAGAAAUAACCUGCAGGACAAGAAAUGCAGAAUUAAUUAAAGUUAUUGACUGGAUACCAAGUUGGCAACAUCUCAACAAGUUCCUAGAAGCUCACAGUUCCUCUGAUGUGACAAUUGGACCACGUCUGUCUUCCUGCCCAAUAGAUGUUGAUGGUUCAAGAGUGUGGUUUACAGAUUUGUGGAAUUAUUCUAUUAUACCCUAUCUUCUAGAAGCUGUCAGGGAAGGACUGCAGUUGUAUGGCAGAAGAGCCCCCUGGGAAGAUCCAGCUAAAUGGGUUAUGGAAACCUAUCCAUGGACUGCCAUACCGCAACAGCAUGAAUGGCCCCCUCUGCUUCAGCUUAGACCAGAAGACGUUGGUUUUGAUGGGUACUCUGUGCCCCGGGAAGGAACAUCCAGCAAACCGGUCCCACCCCAGCGACGUAGAAGGCGACCCUCUGCGUAUCGUUUUGACUUUCAACUUGUAAUACGAGUGAAAACCCGACACGACAAACACCCAAAAUAA